UCCCUUUCGCCCCCUUAUCUCUCUCUCUCUCUCUCUCUAGAUUUUCGCAGAGUUCUCAAUUUCACUCUCUCUCUCUCUCUCUAUAGAUUUUCACUCACCGCCAUGGCUGCGUCGUCUUCCUUCUCCAGCCUCUAGAUCGGUGGGUUUUCCUGCGGGUCGGAUAAGAUGGGCUGCGCGAGCUCCAAGCUCGAUGAUCUGCCGGCGGUCGGCCUCUGCCAGGAGCGCUGCUCCUUCCUCGACGAGGCUAUCCGCCAGAGGUACGCUUUCGCCGACGCCCACCUCGCCUACAUCAGCUCCCUCAAGAGCAUCGCCCACUCCCUCCACGACUUCUUCGAGCUCACCGGUCCCUACUCCCCCGUCCUCAACCUCCCGCCUCACCGUAAAGGAUCCGACCCCGCUCCUGCUGCGGUCCCGGCAGCCCCCAAGGGGCGCGGCGGAGGGCACGGCCACUCCCGCUCCGACUCCGGGUCCCACCUCCACUUCCCCUCCGACUCCGACGGCGAGUCCGGGUCCGGGUCGGUUUCGCUCCACCACUCGGGCCACUCGUCUCCCGUUUACUUUCACGGGGGCUCCGUUGAUUACGCGAGCCCAAGCCAAGUGGAGGCCAACAUGAUAAGUUCCCAUCAAGGUGGUUUUUUGCACAUGAAUUACAUGAAGAAAAAGGCCACCCCUUCCGUCGUGUACGAGCAGAGACCUCCUGCGAGCGGCCAAGGGACCAUUCAUUUCGGUGAAUCCUCCUCCUCCUCCUCUUCCUAUUAUCCAUACCCCUAUCAGCUCGCCAACACGUAUCCGUACAAUGGGUACCCCAAUUAUGGUGAUGCUGGUGGUGGCGGCAGCAGCGGGGGCGGUGGUUAUGGUUAUUCGUCACCACCUCCGCCGAGCUAUGGAGGCUAUGGUUACUCGCAGGCGCCGAUAGCGGCUGCAGAGUCCUCCACCAAGCCGCCCCCCCCACCGCCUUCGCCGCCUCAGCCCUCUGCCUGGGAAUUCUUGAACCCCUUUGAGACCUUCGACAGGCACUACAGCCCUUACACUCCGAGCCGCGACUCAAGGGAGGUGAGAGAAGAAGAGGGCAUACCUGAUUUGGAGGAUGAGGGGUAUCAGCACGAAGUGGUUAAGAAGGUUCAUGGGAAUCAGAAGAUCAGUGAUGCUGGGAAUUACUCGAAUGCUGGGAAUUACUCGAAGGCUGUGGCGGUAGAUGACCCCGAAGACAGGGAGGCCAAUGGGAAGCCCCAGAUGUAUCGGGCUGGGCCAGGUCCUGCAGCAGAGGGCAGCGGGGCUGAAUACGAGGUCCAUGUUGUGGAUAAGAAGGUUGUCGACGAUGACGGUGAGAGGCAGAGGUCUGAGGAGCGUCCAGAGAGUGCAGGCAGACCCAAAGGCUUUCGAGGUGUCUUCGAUGCCGUGAAGGAAAUUAAGAUCCAAUUCGAGAGGGCAUCUGAGGCUGGGAACGAAAUUGCAAAGAUGCUUGAAGCCGGGAAGCUUCCGUAUCGCCGUAAACACCAAGCAGUGACUCCCAAGAUGGUGCAAGUAGUCACUCCUCCUUCAUCAGUUCUAUCUUCAAAAGCUUCGACAUCUACAACUACAUCUACAACUACAAGCACAGAUCCAUCAUCCUCGUCUGAGGUGUCUGGGCCAGCUUCCGUUGAUGAAGACGUCGGGAUGCGAUCUGGAAAUCUCUCCUCCAGCUUACAUAAGCUUUACCUUUGGGAGAAGAAACUCUAUAACGAGGUUAAGGCUGAGGAGAAGAUGCGUGUAAACCAUGACAGGAAGGUCCAGAAGCUCAUGCGAUUGGACCAGAGGGGUGCUGAGGCUACCAAAGUUGAUGCAACUAGAACUUUGAUUAGAAACCUGUCCACCAAAAUUCGGAUCGCAAUUCAGGUUGUCGAUAAGAUAUCUGUCACGAUAAAUAAGAUACGGGAUGAAGAGCUGUGGCCCCAACUUAAUGAAUUGAUUGAAGGGCUAACCCGAAUGUGGAAAUGCAUGCUUGAGUGCCAUCAAACGCAAUGCCAAGUAAUUGGGGAAGGAGGCUUAGGUCCCAUAGGAUCGGGCAAAAUGCUUAGUGAUGUCCAUCUUGAGGCCACCUUGCAGUUUGAGCGGGAGCUCAUUAACUGGACCCUGAGAUUCUCGAGUUGGAUCAGUGCCCAAAAAGGCUUUGUCAAAGCCCUAAACAAUUGGCUCCUCAAAUGUCUCCUCUAUGAGCCUGAGGAAACUCCUGACGGGAUUGCCCCAUUUUCUCCUGGCAGAAUUGGAGCACCACCUGUCUUCGUGAUCUGCAACCAGUGGACCCAGGCCCUCGAAAGGAUCUCUGAGAAGGAAGUCCUCAAUGCAAUGCGGGACUUUGUUAUGGGCCUUCUCCAUAUAUGGAAGCAGGACAAGUUCGAGAUGAGGCAGAGGAUGGAGGCAAACAAGGACUUAGAGAAGAAGGUGAAGAAUCUUGACAGGGAGGAUCAGAGGAUUCAUAAAGAGAUUCAGGCGAUGGACAAGAAGAUGGUCCUCUUUGCUGGUGAUGGAGAUGAUCUCGCGGUGGCUGGUCCUGCCAUAUAUCCUAGUGAUAUGAGUAUCGAUCUUCAGGCGAGCUUGAGGCGGAUCUUUGAGGCCAUGGAGAGGUUUAUGGAUAGUUCAAGUAGGGCUUACGAGGAGCUCCUGCAGCGAUGCGAGGAAGAAGAAAAGCUCGCUCAAGAGCGUGGAAGAGGUUCGUAGAAGAGUGCUUGCAUUGCUCCAAUAGCACUUUCAUCAUAUUCCUCGGGAGCUUUUGGGAGGAUUUUCCCAGAAUUCACUACAGCUCUUAUCAAGAUGAAAUUUCAUGGGCCUGGGCGAAAACAGAUUCUUUCGGACCGGCUUGAUCCCAGUUGUCGCUUUGUGCUUGCUUUCCCACUCGAUUGUUUUGCGACCCACAGGGAUCGGUGGUUGUGAUCAACUCUGUCCGAAAGAGUAUUUGUUCUCAACCUGAUCUGGGGACAGAAUCAUCUCGCCAUGCGAUGGCUUCAAGUGACAGACGGUGCUUGGUGGAGGAAGGAGUGGCCCGUGGCCACCUCUUGGUGAGUAACAGGAUGUCACUGGCAUUUGAUCUUCGCCAGCUCCUGGUCCCUAAUCAUGGAAGUCGGAGAAAUACCCUGAGGUGGUUACAAAGAAUUCUAAUUGAUGAGGUGAGAAUUUUGCGUCCGAAUUGGGGAGGUGGUAGAGAGGGCAAAUCAUAUACCUGCCUUCAGUUUUGUAUGUUGUGUAGCCUUGUUAGCAGAUAGGUUUAAAUGGUAAGAGGGGGCGGUUAGAUUAAAUCAUAGACGCAAGUCGGAAACAUGCCCCCUUUGUAUAAUAUAUAAGUUCAUCUCUUCUUCUGUCUACUUCAAUUAUUUGUGUGUGUUAGUAUUCAUUUGUUUCUACUUUCUUGAACUGUACAGAUGAUGUUUAAGACAGACCAAACUGACAACGUUGGGAAGGAGUGAUGUUUCAUACCUGAUGAUGAUGUGCUCUUUUCUCC